UAUAUAUUUUAUCUGUAAUACAAAGGACAUUUCUUCACAAAAAUUAUCGAGUAUCAAAUAAGAGAUCAAUUUCAGGUCAACAGGUCUCCUAACAGGCAAGGAUGGGCAGCCAUGACAUGAAGGAGCUCAAUGAUUACCUCAAAAAUUUGGAGCUCCUCAAAAAUAGACAACAUGAAUCUGCAGAGCUCACUAAGUUACUUGAAAAAGAAAUUGUUCUUUGCAAGGAGAAAAUAGACUUCUCUGGGUUAAGUAAUAUGAAUGAGCAGGUAAUGGGCCUCAUGAGUAAAUUGGUUGAGCUUCUGAACACCACCAGCUGCCAAGUAUUCAGAGAGCCUCUAAAGAUUAAGCUUACUGAGCUCCAGGAGCGGGUGGAGCAAGUGAUGAAGGGACUCUUGCAAGGCAAGACAUCCUGUGCUGAAGCAACUGAACAACUCUUUGAUUGCCAAGAGAUGCUGGCUCGUAUCAUCUAUGACUUAAAUGAUGAACAGGAAAAAAAGUGUAACUCUCUGAAGUCAAAGCCCAAGUCCAAGAAAAAAACUUCUUCUAGCUCCUGGCUGAAGCUUUGCGAUUCCAACACAGAAUUUGAUGCUCAUUGUAGCAGCCUGCCAACGGUCGCAGUGGAGGACUAUGAAUGGAAUCAGUCGGAGAAGUUUGUGAAGAUUUAUAUAGAUAUUGAUGGGUUGGAGGAGACACAUAGCAAGAAAGUGAGCUCGAUUUUUGGAGAGCAUCACAUGAGUCUUCUGGCUUCUGACAUCAAUGGAAGAAACUACAAGUUCAUUCUUCAGAACCUGAGAGAAGCCAUAGAUAUCAAGGACAGCAAGAUUCGGUUAAAGAUGGCAGAGCGCGUGGUCGUCUUCAUGAAGAAGAAGAACCCCAACAUACACUGGACGAGCUUGACAGUUUCAGAGGCAGACAGGAGGAGCAGCGGCGCUCAGCGCCAACUCAGCCAAGCUCACGUGGACUUCAAUGAAUUCUCGUCGCUUAUGAAGUUGUUGAAGGAAGCGCCUUCAGUAGACAUGCAUAAAGACGUGAUGGAUGCCGGAUGCUACGUCGGCCACUCGUCCGCCAGCUACACGACUGUGCUGCAACGAGUCAAGACCAAGGCUCCCAGACUGAUGAUGGUGUACCUGAGGUUCCCUGGCUCCGCUGAUGUUGCGACAUGUGAGGCGGCGCUGGCAGAACUGGUCCAGUUUGAUUGCUGUUUCAGCCUACACAACGCUCAGUACCUCCACUCGCCUGACGUUGAUGAAGAUGACCGUCUCGUUAAGCUCUUCAAGGGCGCACCCGGUAAGUUGGUUUCGUUCAGUGGCAGCCUGGGCGCCGACGCCAUCUCAGCGCUGCCCCCCGCUAUGCUCGAGCUGCAGCUCAGCGUGACGCGCGCUGACCAGCUCAGCGCUCUCUGCGCCAUGCCCACUCGCGCUCAGUCUCUGCAUGUGCGCAUCGCUACGAGCCUCGCCCUGGCGGACCUGUCGCCGCUGCCGGCGCAGGUACCCGUGAUACCGACGACGCUGGUCUUCCACGGCAUCACGGACCAACACGUGGAGUGGCUGCUGGAGGCCGUGGCCAUCCUGCUGCCCUCGAGUGUCCUACCAAGUAAUAGAGUCUCGGUGAGGCCGGUCUGUAGGCUGGAGUUGAUAGCGUGCGCUGCGUCGCCCGCGGCGCACCUUCAUCUCGCCACGGCGCUGCCCUGCGACGCCAUCUCUAUGCAGAUCCAGCAGCUUGGAUUCAACCCUGACCCUGAGCUGCUUCUUGCGUACGCAAAUCGAGGAUGUAUACUUGGCGUAUUGUCAACUGUCAUGGCCGCCUAGCUUUGUUAUUUCGUAAUUAUUGGCUUGCUGCUGUGGUGUUAUUGACUUGCUGCUGUGGUGUUACUGACUCGCUGCUGUUGUGUUAUUAGCUUGCUGCUGUUGUGUUAUUGACUUGCUGCUGUUGUGUUAUUGACUUGCUGCUGUUGUGUUAUUGACUUGCUGCUGUUGUGUUAUUGACUUGCUGCUGUUGUGUUGUCCGGCGAGUGAAGUAGUAUGGCAGGCAUUUACUAGUCUAACUUUGCUGCAAUUCUGUGAUACCGGCUCAAUGUUCUGGGGCAUUUUUAAAUAUUUAUUUAUAUCCUAACCUACUCGCAGCAUCGCUGAAUUUGUUUCGCAAUAAUUACUUUUGAUAUCAGCUUUGCAACAUUUUUUCCGUUUCCAAAUUGAACUAAUAUUAUUUAGCAAGGAAGACAUUAAAUUCUCAUAGUUCUAGCCUUUCGAUAGUAGAAACCUCCCUAGUACUCGAAAGCCAUAGCCAGGUCACUCAGUAACUUAACUGCAAACUCAUGAAAACGCGACUCCUUGGUAUUCUUUCGGCUUUCUUAUGGCGAGUUAAAGGCUUUUAUUUCUGAAGAUAAUCAUAAAUGUUAUCGCUGUAGCUUUUUUUUCAAACUUCGCCAUCGCGAACUUCCAAACAUCGGUUCAGCUAAAAAUUUACUAAUCACUACGGUGUAUGUUUGGCAUUUUUUUAUAUCCUGUGUCAAGUAUUAUAUUGAGUUGACUUUGUGUGUCACUUCAAUCAAUACCGGUAUUACUUUAAAUCCAUUUUUACAUCAAGGAAAAUAGUUACAGUAACAUCUGGUUGAUGUGGACAGUUGUUAUGCCUAUAUUACCUUCGCAAUGUAGUAAUUUAUUCCCACUAGAAGGACGACAUCUAUCUUAUAGGUGAUUGAAGAAUGAAAUGGCCGACAUAAGUUGUAUUCCUAGCUAGAAACGGUAUCGAUGUAAUGGUUGUAAUAUGCCUAUUUAGAAUACAUUGUCGGCAAACACGGACAAAUUGUGGAAUUUGUCGAUUCUCUGUGCAGAUGGCAGAGUAUGGAGUUGUCGCUGUAUCGCGAUCGUGGCUGUGAACUUUGUAGUCUUUUAUAUGUAUACUGUAACUGUGAAUAAGAUUUAUUUUGAUUACUAUUCAAUUAUCGUGUACUUAGUAGCUACGCCUUAUUGAUCAGACUUCCAGAGUACAGCUUCCAUGCGCUUUACACUUCUUAUGUGAUGUAGUUUAUCCCAACAAAAUUAGGAAUAUAUUUUCAAGACUUUGAGUGCUAAUGAAUAUUACAAACCUA